CUGAAAAAUGCCAACAUGGAUCCGUGGCAAGGACGAUGUUCUUCCCAAAAAUAACAGCGAAAGUGACAUCGGGACUCUACCUAUGUCGCAUAUCUACACUUUGGACGUUUCAAUCCAUAUUAACGAGAGUGUUUACAAACCGUGGUGCUCAUUGGUGACACCUUCACCCUUCCUCUGAUUUGCACACCAACAAAUGGUCUCCAUAAGUGACAAAGCGGUGGCCACUGCUAAUGAAUCAUUUGCGGACCACACCUUGGCCACCGUACCCUUCCUUGAGGUGGGUGGUAGCGAGAGCAGCGAGCGGGGCAGCUCCAUUUCGUGCUCCAGUCCUGAAACCGGAGAUGAUGGAGCUCAGCUCAGCUUCAGCCCAGGUGAGGAAGAUGAGGAGGAAGGGCUGCUGCCAAUUUAUUUAGACUCUACUGAGGACUUGUUGGUCCAGCUGCCCAAGCUGCCUGAUUUUAUAUCAGAGCUCCACAGCUCCUUCUCUCCAACCCUGGAGGACAUUGAGGAGUUCCUGAUGGAGAAGAUGGAGCUGGUGAAAGAUGUUCCUUCAAGUCCAGAAGAACAGGCAAAUGACGAAGAGCCUCCACUACAACCGUCUUCCCCUAGCGAGCACAGCGAUGCAGGGCAGAAAUCAAUUACAACAACACCUCCUGUGACUCAAAGUGUUACCACCACACCGAGUGCUGCUCCAGUGCUUGUUGGUGCUCCAUUGGUGCUUCAGUUGCAGCCUCUCCAGCUAAGCCAUGCCCUUCCGCCGCCAGAUGCUCAAAGUGGGGUCACUAACGGUAUCCAAUUGGCUCACCUGGUGCUUGGUGUCCAAGGGGCACAGAACAUUACCCUACUUUCACCACAGGUGCCCUCGACAACUCUCCUCCCUAUCUUGGGUGAGGCCAUGAACCAAGACCAAAAGUAUGUGAAGAUCGCCCCCCUGCCGAUCACAGUCAGGGCAAUUGGAAUCGCUGGCACAGGCCUGAUCAAAGCCAUCACACCACGUCCAUCGAGGUCCUCCACAGAAACCCUGAGGGUACAUAAGUGCUCUCACCCAGGGUGUGAGAAGAUGUACACCAAGAGCAGCCACCUGAAAGCUCAUUUCCGCAGGCAUACGGGUGAGAAGCCAUACCUGUGCAGCUGGCCAGACUGUGGGUGGAGGUUCUCUCGCUCUGAUGAGCUCUCUCGCCAUCGGCGCUCUCACUCGGGAGUCAAGCCUUACCAGUGCACAAUGUGCGACAAAAAGUUCGCCAGGAGCGACCACCUAUCUAAACACACCAAGGUGCACCGGGGUCCACGUGCCGGCAGACUGGUCCGGACAAACAUCUGACCCUUGGAUCCUCUGACAGUCCUGGAGUCUCUUGAUCAAUCAAGUUCUAGAGGGAAAGCUAUGAUAUCGAAACAAACUCACAAGCUGUAACCCUCCACCUUCAUUUUUGUCUCUCUUUCCUCCCCCACUUUUUUAUAGUUUAUCCAGAUGUUUGUCUUUCGUGGUGCUGAAGUCAGCAAACUUGAAACUCAGGGAUGUGAUUGUUAAGCUCAAAGCAGAUUUCAGAAUUUUCGGUGCACUAAAGUCAGGCUCAUGUUCAAUUUCUUACAUUUUCAUCCAUUAUGUGUCUAAAGCUACAGGUUUAGCUGCAGCAGAUUAUGGGAUUUGUUUUAUUGCCUUUAAAUAGAGGUUACAGAAAGUGUGGAGAUAUAUAAAGGCAAUAUGGAAUAUAAUUAGAGAAAAUUAGUGUCUUGUACAUUUUGUGAAUAUUAUGUUUUAGGUCUAACCAGGUGAAAAUACAAAGGAGUUCAAGUAUUUUUAGUUGGCUCUAGUGUCUUAAAUAAAGCCAAAAUGCAAGAAUUUCCCUUCCUUUUAAAUUAAAUCGAGAAAAUAUACACUUUGAUUUAGGUUAUGAUAAUAUGGAUUAUCAUAUAGAAAAUGUGUCAUUAUAGGUCGAGUCUCUUGAAACGGUCAAGAAAUACUCAUGUCAUAUUUCACCCCAAUAUGUUAAAAUAAAAAGACAUAAGAAAUUACAUUUUGCUUAAAGAAAUUUAAGCCUAUUUUAGUACCAUUAUAUAUUUUUUGCAUUGUUUUUAUGAAAACUUAACAUGUUAGGGUGUAGGGUAAGAUGAAAAUAUUAGGGUGGGGAAAAUCAUUACUGUAAUGCAAAAAAAUGAUUCUGUUAUUGUUCUUGUUACUACUAUUAAAUAAUUAUUUAAAUUGUAAAGUACCUUUGUAAAAUGCAAUUAUAAGUAUAUACACUGGCGGCCAAAAGCUUGGAAUAAUGUAAAGAUUUUGCUCUUAUGGAAAGAAAUUGUUUUUUAUUCACCAAAGUGGAAUUCAACUGAUGACGAUGUAUAAUCAGAACAUUAAUAAUGUGAAAAAUUUAUAUUACAAUUUGAAAUGUAUUUUUCAGAUCUUAAACUGCUUCAAAGAGUUUUCAUCAAAAAAAUCCUCCUUGUGCAGCAAUGACAGCUUUGCAAAUCCUUGUCAUUCUAGCUGUCAGUUUGUCCAGAUACUUGAGUGACAUUUCACUCCAUGCUUCCUGUAGCACUUGCCAUAGAUGUGGCUGUCUUUUCAGGCACUUCUCACACACCUUACAGUCUAGCUGAUCCCACAAAAGCUCAAUGGUGUUAAGAUCCUUAACACUCUUUUCCAAUUAUCUGUUGUCCAAUGUCUGUGUUUCUUUGCCCACGCUAACCUUUUCUUUUUGUUUUUCCUGUUUCAAAAGUGGCUUUUUCUUUGCAAUUCUUCCCAUAAGACCUGCACCCCUGAGUCUUCUCUUUACUGUUGUACUUGAAACUGGUGUUGAGCGGGUAGAAUUCAAUGAAGCUGUCAGCUGAGGACAUGUGAGGCAUCUAUUUCUCAAACUAGAGACUCUGAUGUACUUAUCCUCUUGUUUAGUUGUAAAUCUUGGCCUUCCACGUCUCUUUCUGUCCUUGUUAGAGCCAGUUGUCCUUUGUCUUUGAAGACUAUAGUGUACAACUUUGUAUGAAAUCAAGCAUUGUACAGCCAUCAUUCCUCAAAACAAUUAUUGUUUCUUUUUUGCCAUUUUUGACUUGACCUUAAGACAUGCCAGUCUAUUGCAUACUGUGGCAACUCAAAAACAAACACAAAGACAAAGUUAAGCUUAAUUUAACGAACCAAAUAGCUUUCAACUGUGUUUGAUAUAAUGGCAAGUAAUUUUCUUUAAAAAUGAGCAAUUUAGCAUGAUUACUCAAGGAUAAGAUGUUGGAGUGAUGGCUGCUGGAAAUGGGGCCAAAUGGGGAAUUUUUUCAUAUAGUGAUGGUGCUGUUUUUUACAUCAGUAAUGUCCUGACUAUACUUUGUGAUCAGUUGAAUGCCACUUUGGUGAAUUAAAGUACCAAUUUCCUUCCAAAACAGCUAAAUCUGUACAUUAUUCCAAACUUUUGGCUGCCAGUGUAUCAUCAUAGUAUUUGUUGAACUGAAUUUUAAUUAGCUGAUCUAAAACUAAAAACAAAUAUAUAAUUGUGUCCAGACAUUACAAUGCAAAAUUGUCUUUAAGCUAAAUAUAAUUUAUAAUUUUAUUCUAUUAAUUAUUGACAUUUUGGUUAAAGAAAAUGUUUUUUUGCUUUAAUGAAAACUUAGUUUUAUGUAUACAGUAUGUAAGGGUUAUUUCUGAAAAAAAAAAAUCAUAAAAAUCUCAU